AUGAGUAAUUAAAGCGAUGAUGAGAACGAGGUAUUGCAAGUGGAAUUGGCAAGUGAUGAAGAAUAAAGAGCAGAGGAAGAAGAUGAAAGAAUAAAAAAAUUAGAACAAGACAAAAAGAGCUUCAUGAGUUAAAUAAAGUCCACUGGGAGAAUGAACACCAAUAUUAAAUUUGAUAACAUAGAGUCGAAGAUAAAUACACUACUAGAAAAUGCUGAGAAAUAUGCCAUGUUUCUAUUGCACCGACACAAGAGAACCUAGGAGAGUAAGCAGAAGGUUCAAGGUCAGUAGAGAGGAAAACAUAGACAGAUAGUUGAAGAUGGGAGUGAAGAAGAAGAUUUCGAUGAUACUCCCACAGUAUUGGAAAAGCAGCCUACUAUUUUAAAGGGAGGAUAAUUGAAGUCCUAUCAGUUGACUGGAUUGAAUUGGAUGAUUUCUUUGUUUGAAGAAGGAAUUAAUGGAAUAUUGGCUGAUGAAAUGGGGUUGGGCAAAACAAUACAGACAAUUGGAUUCUUGGCUUUUUUGAAAGAGUACAAAAAGAUUAGCGGACCUUAUUUGAUAGUGGCUCCAAAGUCUACUUUGGGUAAUUGGAUGAGAGAGUUCAAAAUAUGGAUGCCUUGCAUGAGAGUAGUAAAAUUGAUAGCAAUAAAAGAAGAGAGGGACGAAAUAUUAAACAGAUAUUUUUAACCAGGAAAAUUUGAUGUUUGUUUAACAAGUUAUGAGGGAGUCAACAUUUGUUUAAAGCAUAUAAGAAGAUUUCAAUACAAAUACAUCAUAAUAGAUGAGGCACACAAGAUAAAGAAUGAAGAUGCAAUCAUCAGUCAAAACUUACGUAAAAUUAGAACUAAUUAUAAAUUAUUACUUACUGGAACACCCCUAUAGAACACUCCACAUGAAUUAUGGAGUUUAUUGAAUUACUUACUGCCUGAUCUAUUUGAUUCAUCAGAAGUGUUUGACAAAUGGUUUGAAGUAAACACAGAAGCAAAGUUGAAAGAAGGAAAUGAAACCAUACAUCAAGAUGAAUUGGAAUAAAGGAAUUUGGAAAUGGUCUAGAAGUUCUAGAAGAUAUUGAGACCAUUCAUGUUAAGGAGAACCAAAGCUGAAGUGGAAAGGAUGCUUCCUCCGAAGUAGGAAAUCCAUUUGUUUAUUAAAAUGUCUAAUCUGCAAAAAUCAAUGUAUCAGAAUAUCUUGAUUCACAAUAACCCACAUGAAGGAGAUGACAAAGGCUUUUACAUGAAUAAACUAAUGCAAUUGCGUAAAAUCUGUUUACAUCCUUAUCUAUUCCCUGAAGUUGAAGACAAGAGUUUACCAGCCUUGGGAGAACACUUAGUCGAUGUGAGUGGUAAGAUGAGAGUCUUAGAUAAGUUUCUACAGAAAUUAAGUGAGGGCUAACAUCAGAUACUCAUCUUCUCAUAAUUUACUAUGAUGUUGAAUAUUCUAGAAGAUUAUUGUAAUUUUAGAGGUUACGAGUAUUGCAGAAUUGACGGAGAAACUGAAAUACAAUCAAGAGAUGAUUAGAUUGCAGAGUUUACAGCUCCAGACAGCAAGAAAUUCAUAUUUUUAUUGUCAACCAGAGCUGGUGGUCUUGGUAUCAAUUUAGCUACUGCAGAUACUGUUAUUAUUUAUGACUCUGAUUUCAAUCCCUAGAUGGAUAUGUAGGCCAUGGAUAGAGCUCAUAGAAUUGGAUAAAAGAGCAGAGUCAUGGUCUAUAGAAUGGCUUGUGAACAUACUGUUGAAGAAAAGAUCAUCGAAAGAUAAUAGAUUAAAUUACGUUGGGAUUCACUUAUGGUUUAGUAAGGGAGACUUCAGUAGAAGCAGAAUGGCAAAUUAUUAUCCAAAGAAGACUUAAAGGAAUUAACCACUUAUGGAGCUUCACAGAUUUUCAAAUUGGAUGGAGAUGAUAUCAAGGAUGAAGAUAUUGAUAUCUUACUUAAAAGAGGUGAGCAAUUGACUAAAGAAAAUGAAUGA